UCGGCUCUCGUUUUGUGUGCUGGGGGGAUGGGGCCGUGCCGAGGAUGAGCGACUCCAAAUAUUUACCACUUGGCUAACUAAAAAUCUUUAUUUCCAUACCGAGCUUCAUCCCUCGCUCUUGCACAUACACACACUUUUCGAUCACGCAUGAGUUAAGGCGGAGUUUGGACGAAUUGAAGUGGAGUAUCUGUGCGUCAUUUCACGCUUAAAAAGUCGACAAAAUGUAUUCCUCUACUGGAGUCACCGAGAUGCAAGAGGGACCCCGUUCCACUGGGUCAACAGGCUCUGACCCGCCAUCCUCCCCAGUGCCAGAAUAUGUGUUCAAGCCACCAUCAAGGCCCGACUUUGGCACCAUGGGCAGGACAAUCAAGCUCCAGGCCAACUUCUUUGAAAUGGAAAUCCCCAAAUUGGAGGUCUACCAUUAUGACAUUGACAUCAAGCCCGAGAAAUGCCCCAGGAGGGUCAAUCGGGAAAUAGUGGAGCACAUGGUCCAGCACUUUAAAACACAGAUCUUUGGUGAUCGAAAGCCAGUGUACGACGGGAGGAAGAACCUCUACACCGCCAUGCCCUUGCCUAUAGGCCGAGACAAGGUGGAGCUCGAGGUAACCAUUCCCGGCGAAGGCAAAGACCGCAGCUUCAAAGUGUCAAUCAAGUGGGUGUCCUGCGUUAGCCUGCAGGCGCUGCACGAGGCGCUGGCGGGGCGGCUACCCAGCGUCCCGUUUGAGACCGUCCAAGCCUUGGAUGUGGUCAUGAGACAUUUGCCCUCUAUGAGGUACACGCCGGUGGGCCGCUCUUUCUUCACGCCCUCUGAGGGCUGUUCGAACCCCCUCGGUGGCGGCAGAGAGGUGUGGUUUGGCUUCCACCAAUCUGUCAGGCCUUCCCUUUGGAAAAUGAUGCUCAACAUCGACGUUUCUGCCACCGCGUUCUACAAAGCUCAGCCCGUCAUCGAGUUCAUGUGUGAGGUCUUGGAUUUCAAAAGCAUCGAAGAACAACAGAAGCCCUUAACUGACUCCCAACGAGUGAAAUUCACAAAGGAAAUCAAAGGCCUGAAAGUGGAGAUUACUCACUGUGGGCAGAUGAAGAGGAAGUACAGAGUGUGCAAUGUGACCAGAAGACCCGCCAGCCACCAGACGUUCCCCCUGCAGCAGGAGAACGGCCAAACUAUUGAAUGCACAGUAGCGCAGUACUUCAAAGACAAGUACAAGCUCAUCCUGAGGUACCCCCACCUGCCGUGUCUACAGGUGGGGCAGGAGCAGAAGCACACCUACCUACCCCUGGAGGUGUGUAACAUAGUGGCGGGACAGCGCUGCAUCAAAAAGCUGACAGACAAUCAGACCUCCACUAUGAUCCGGGCCACCGCCAGAUCAGCACCUGACCGCCAGGACGAGAUUAGCAAACUGAUGCGAAGUGCCAACUUCAACACUGACCCUUACGUGCGUGAGUUUGGAGUCAUGGUGAGGGAUGAGAUGACAGAAGUGAAUGGCCGUGUCCUUCAAGCACCUUCCAUCCUGUAUGGAGGCAGGAACAAAGCAAUAGCCACACCGAUCCAAGGCGUGUGGGACAUGAGGAACAAGCAGUUCCACACGGGCAUUGAGAUCAAAGUUUGGGCCAUCGCCUGCUUUGCUCCACAGAGGCAGUGUACGGAGCUCCUGCUCAAGGCGUUCACAGAUCAGCUGAGGAAGAUUUCCAGGGAUGCGGGCAUGCCCAUCCAAGGUCAGCCUUGCUUUUGUAAGUACGCCCAGGGAGCGGACAGCGUGGAGCCCAUGUUCAGGCACCUCAAGUACACCUACCAGGGCCUCCAGCUGGUGGUGGUCAUUCUGCCGGGGAAGACGCCCGUCUACGCUGAGGUGAAGCGCGUUGGGGACACGGUGCUCGGCAUGGCCACGCAGUGCGUGCAGGUGAAGAACGUUCAGAAGACGACGCCUCAGACCCUCUCCAACCUCUGUCUGAAGAUCAACGUCAAGCUGGGCGGGGUCAACAACAUCCUGCUCCCGCAGGGCAGGCCGCUGGUCUUCCAGCAGCCCGUGAUCUUCCUUGGUGCCGACGUGACUCACCCUCCCGCAGGAGACGGGAAGAAGCCGUCCAUUGCUGCGGUUGUCGGUAGCAUGGACGCCCAUCCCAGCAGAUACUGUGCCACGGUGCGGGUGCAGCAGCAUCGGCAGGACAUCAUCCAGGACCUGGCCACCAUGGUGAGGGAGCUGCUCAUCCAGUUCUACAAGUCCACUCGCUUCAAGCCCACCAGGAUCAUCUACUACCGCGACGGCAUCUCCGAGGGACAGUUCAACCAGAUGCAGGUCCUUCAGCACGAGCUGCUGGCGAUCCGCGAGGCCUGCAUAAAGCUAGAGAAGGACUACCAGCCCGGGAUCACCUUUGUGGUCGUGCAGAAGAGACACCACACAAGACUUUUCUGUAUGGACAGAAACGAGAGGGUUGGCAAGAGCGGCAACAUCCCUGCAGGCACCACAGUGGACACCAAAAUCACUCACCCGUCAGAAUUUGACUUCUACCUUUGCAGUCACGCUGGCAUUCAGGGUACCAGCAGGCCGUCUCACUACCAUGUGCUCUGGGACGACAACCACUUCUCUUCAGACGAGCUGCAGGUCCUCACCUACCAGCUUUGCCACACCUAUGUGCGCUGCACCCGCUCCGUUUCCAUCCCAGCACCAGCUUACUACGCCCAUUUGGUGGCCUUCCGGGCUCGCUAUCACUUGGUGGACAAAGAGCACGACAGUGCCGAGGGGAGUCACACGUCGGGCCAGAGCAACGGGCGCGACCAGCAGGCCUUGGCCAAGGCCGUGCAGAUCCACCAGGACACCCUGCGCACCAUGUACUUUGCCUGAGAGCACACGACUCCAGGUUGGCGUGGGCGAGACCCCACUGACGGAACACACUACCGACCCCUCCCCUCGCCGGCUGUAGAUAGUCACAGUGGUUUACACGCAGUGAUCUCCCUACGAAACGGGCCUGCCAGGUUACCCAUAGGUCUACAAAUGUACUUCAGCCCUCCCCAGACCCUAACAAAGCCAGCUAUUAGACUGUAGGGUGCAAAUGAAUCCCUGUUUAUUGGGGUUUGCGCUGGAAGAGGGGUUUUUCUUCUUCUUCUUUUUUUUUUUACAUGUGCGUUUGUAUUUGUCAUAGGGGAAAAUAUGUUGCAAAGUAUGAAAGGAAAUGCGCCGUGUCAUUAACAUAUGGGGGGAGGGGGGGGUUUAUAAUUAAGGGAGAAACCAAUUACCCUCCUUCUCUUCUUUGCAUCUGUUGUACAGCUCUGGGUGCUUGAGGGGAGAAGGAUCAAAUUCGUCAAAAGAUAAGGGGGCUGUUCACUGUUCAUAUGCCUAAAGAUCUGCCCCUCCAACAAACAUUAUUUAUCAGCCAAUCAAAGUGCACUGACCAGAAUGGGUACUUCAAUCAGGACAAGAGUACUUAGUUUAUUGAGAGGGUUGUUUGUGUGUGUGUGUGUGUCGUCUGUUUUUGUUUUGUUUUUUUUAACAUGGGGCACUAUGUGAUGUGCCAUUUGAGACCACCUUUCUGUUGACAUUUCUGUGCAAAACUAUGAAAUAUUAGACCCAUAUUUGCUGGGUUGUCCAUAUUUGUCACUGACGACCAUUCUAUGCCAAAUCUGGUGACAAUUACUAAAGGAUUCGUUGCAUCAGAUUUGUCACCAACCCUUGAACCGACACUUAGUGGAUCCAUUCUAGAUGCAGGGGUCUGAAGCGCAGCUCCUCUGCCUCUGGACUAAAACAGUUCCUCCAGUGACCCAGUCCCCAUGCCAAGACCUAGUGUAUUGGGACCGGUUCCCAACCAGGACAACUUUCUAAUGUAGUCCGAGCCGUGUUGACGGGACACAUGAUUUAGAAAUCAACACGUGAUGAAAUCCCCCUUUUUUUUUUUUUUUUUUUUGUUCCGUUCCCUCCGGUUUUAAAGUUUAAUUUAAUUUCAAUCGGUUUUUGUAAUGGAUUUGCAUGUAGCUAAAUCACGUUUUUAGACAUAUGAGAUAAUAGUCAAUUUCUUCCUUUUUACACAUUAACCCUACUAUGUUUUAAUGUAUAUAUAAGCAGCAGGACGGUGUUUCCUGCGGUGCGCUUGUCGGGGCGGGAUGUUUGUGUGCCGUCUCAAUAUCAAGACGUUCGGUACAGUGGACUAAAAGCUGCACCGUUUCAGCGUUAAACUGAUUGAAAUUCCCUUAAAAACACAAACGACAACAACAACAAGGGUUUGCUCCAUGAAUCGGGAGCAGUCGUCGCACAAAAGCUUGGGUUUUAUGCAAAUGACUUUUUGUGAGUCUUUAUAUUCUAUAGUAAUGUUGGUAAUGAGGUAUAUUUUGAAUACGCUUUCAGUGGAGGCUGCUGACGAUAUUAUUAUGAAUUCUUUUUAAUGGCCCAUAUGUAGUCUAAAUUAACACUGUCUAUUUGUAUACACAUUUUUAAUGCAAAUUUUAUCUUGCCUUCUGAGACUGUUAACAGUCUUGCUAAUAAUUCUAGACAUUUCCUAACAUCACACCUGCGUUUUACUAAGUUGAGCUAGCGAAUGUUUGUAUAGUCUUCAUUGGAGGCGAGUAGUCCAUAUUUUCUAACUAUGCAUCAUUUUUAACCAAGAGAUUUAGCAGUGGCAUAUCUCGCAUGAAUUAGGGUCAUUUAUAGAGCUAAAUAAUCAGGUUUCUUUUCUUCUUCUUUUUUUGGAAGCAUGUUGAAUUUAGUAGCGUUCCUUUAGUGCUUAUCAGCAUCUUCGUGCCUCUAGCAGGACGAAGUAUUUAUGGUCAUUUGUAACGUCGUAGGUUUUAUAGCCUGAGUAUUUGGUAUAUCCUUUGUAACACAGUCUUUCUUAGCCAAACAAGAUUACAAAACUUUUACAUGAUUUAAUAUUCAAGAGAACUCGGAAGCACAAAGAGGCUUUUCACUGUAAGCCACCUUAAAUCCUCACUGGACUGGUCAUCGAGGCUUUUUAACUUGUACGCUUAAAAAAAAAAAAAAAAAAAAGAUGCUUCAUCAUUUUGAGGAUCUUUUUCUCUCUCUCUCUCUCUCUGCUCUUUUUACUCAUUUACCUGUAAAGCAACUAGAAAUCCGACUGACUGUGUUUUGUGGGGCAUUCUGAAAAGAAAAAAAGAAAAAAAUCCCGUACUUGAUAUUUACUGUUAUGAUGUCAAUAUUGUUCUCAUCGGUGCUGGUCUCGCGACAUGUAAAAUUUUGGAUGCACUUUUGAUAGCAGAGCGUCGGAGCGGCUCCUCGUCUGACGCCGUCACACCGGUGUAAUUGUAUGGAAAUGGCCGCGUGUUCUACCUCUUGUUACCUGUUCAAGUGUUAUGGUAACAUCACACCGCUGGCCAUUUCUGUACAAUUACCCCUGCUAUCUAUCGAAUUGGCAUUGUGUGUGUGAGUGUGUGUGUGUGUGUGUGAGAGUGUCGCGUCGACCUGGGAGGUGUCGCGCGUUUGGGCGUGCGUGAGAUGGUAAACGCGCUUUUUCUCGGUCGAUGUAGUGUUGUUGGAUUUCGUUUGGUGUUUUUACUCCCAACUGACAAAAGAAGAUUUGUUGUUUUUCCUUCUUUUUUUUAUUUUUUAUUUUUAGGGUUUUCGAGCGUUGAGCUGUAUGACCAAAUUCCUGCAGUGCAUUUGUACUCGCACACAGCUUUCCAGUCUUUCUUUCCUUUUAUGCUAUGCACCCAUGGAAUGAGACUUUUUUUUCCCUUUCUUUUCGGGCAAUGCAAAGCCCACCUCACCUGAGUUGGAGAAAAUAGUUAAGUACCCGAGUGGUGCUGCUCGUCCGACUGUUAAAA